AACCAAAACAUGACAAGUAAUCACUGCCAUUACUGCAUGGAAUCCCUUCUUGGCAGGAGGUAUGCAUUUAGAGAAGAGAAUUCUUACUGUGUUACAUGUUAUGAUGGCCUAUUUGCUAACUCCUGUGAAGAAUGCAAGAAGCCCAUUGAAUGUGAUGCCAAGGAUCUCGCCUAUAAAGGCCGCCACUGGCAUGAAGUGUGCUUCAAGUGUGCCAAAUGCAAUCACUCUUUGGUGGAAAAGCCUUUUGCUGCCAAGGAUGAGCUCUUGCUGUGUACUCAGUGUUAUUCUAAUGAGUAUUCAUCGAAGUGCUUCCACUGUCAGAAGGCCAUUAUGCCUGGUUCUCGUAAAAUGGAAUUUAAAGGAAGUUGCUGGCAUGAAGCCUGUUUUGUUUGUCAAUAUUGCCGGCAACCAUUAGGAACAAAGCCUUUGAUUACCAAAGACAAUGAGAAUUAUUGUGUGCCAUGUUUUGAGAAGCAGUUUGCUCACCACUGCUACUCCUGCAAGAAGAUGAUAACUACUGGUGGAGUGACAUACCACGACCAGCCAUGGCACAAAGAAUGCUUUCUGUGUGCUGGAUGUAAGAAGCAGUUGUCUGGGCAAAAGUUUAUUUCCAAAGAUGACCAUCCAUACUGCCUAGACUGCUUCAGAAAGCUUUAUGCAAAGAAGUGUGCAGCCUGCAACAAACCCAUUACUGCUCUUGGAGGUGCCAAAUUUAUCUCAUUUGAAGAGCGCCAGUGGCACAGUGACUGCUUUAAUUGUGUGAAAUGUUCCAUUUCGCUGGUGGGACAAGGAUUCCUCACCCAGCAAGAUGACAUCCUCUGUCGCGAAUGUGGUUCGGCUGCAUAG